GCUACUGCUGCUGCUGAGGCUGCUGGCGGAGGCCGGAGGAACGGGCGGCGGCGGCGGCGGCGGCUGAGAGGGCGGCGGCGGGAGCGGAGCGGGACUAGGGAGCGAGAGGAAGCGAGCGAGGAGAGAGCGGAGCGCGCCGAGCCCCGCCCGCCCUUCCGCCCGCCGGAGCAGCCGGAGCAGCCCGGGCCCCCAGCCGCCGCCGCCGCCGCCCGCCCGCCUGCCCACCCGCCGGACAAAGCCCGAGAGCCCGCGCCCAGAGCCAUGUCCUCGUCCGCCGGCAGCGGCCACCAGCCCAGCCAGAGCCGCGCCAUCCCCACCCGCACCGUGCCCAUCAGCGACGCCGCGCAGCUACCUCAUGACUAUUGCACCACGCCCGGGGGAACGCUCUUCUCCACCACGCCGGGAGGAACUCGAAUCAUUUAUGAUCGAAAAUUUCUGUUGGAUCGUCGCAACUCUCCCAUGGCUCAGACCCCGCCCUGCCAUCUGCCCAAUAUCCCAGGAGUCACCAGCCCCGGCACCUUAAUUGAAGACUCCAAAAUAGAAGUAAACAAUUUGAACAACUUGAACAAUCAUGACAGGAAGCAUGCAGUUGGAGAUGAUGCUCAGUUUGAGAUGGACAUCUGACUGUCCUGCGAGGAUCAGAAGAAAAGCAGCAACACUGAUACAUGUGUGUACCUGAUUUGGCCAAUAGGAUCAACAAUGCAAAGACGGAAGAGGCAGUACCAUCGAUCCCUGUUGCAGUCUCCUAUUCCUGCUCCCCUGCUCCUUCUCCGGGUGCCAAAGGAUGCAAAGAUGAGCUGCAUCUGACCAUUUCUUCUCCCUAUUUCCUGUUCCCCUUCCCAGUUAGACAGCUAGAUUGAAGGCCCUUGACAUAUUUCUGUAGAACUAAGCAGCCCACAGAGGAAAACAGUUAACCUCUGGUUCCCCCUUCCCCCCAUAUUUUUUAAAAUCCCAAAUCAAAUAUCAACCUACCAAUAAUUGGCUAGCUGGAAAAUCUGGGGAAGUGAUAUGGAGGUUUGAUAGGUUCAGCAUCAUUCCUGUUCUUACCCUCUGUCUCUCCUCCCUGUCUUGCUCAUGUUUCAGUGCUUCAAAAGUCUGGGUUUGGGGUCUUGAAAACCAUUGGAGGGAAAUGGUAUACAGGAGGAGAGCUGCUUUCUCUUUUACCUUGAGGUGUUUGUCCUUGGGGACAGAACGCUGUUUGUACAUCUCUGGUAGCAUUACCCUGGGGCACUGUUUUGAGGUCCACUUCCCCUCCUUCCUCUGGGAGGAAUAUCUUUAGUGAUAUAGUUCAUCUUCCCAGUCGUUUUCUUAUCACAAUUGUGCAAACAUUUCUUAACUCUACAUCAGAAGGGGGUCUUCGGUCACCAGUUGUUUUUUUUCCUCCCCUUCUCCCAUCCCUCCCUGCUUGCAUCUUGUUGCUUGCAGUCCUUUUGUACUCUGAGCUAUCCACGUGAUUUCUCCUGCUCUCGGAGCAGGUCCCUACGACAGGACAGAGGCUCUUUGGAUAAGGCCCAAUGUAUUGGGUUGACCAAAAAGUUCAUUCUGGUUUUUCCGUAAGAUGUUACAGAAAAACCAGAAUGAACUUUUUGGCCAACCCAAUAGUCCUCUGCAGGAUGAUACCCAGGAAUGACCUCGGAAGACAUUGAACUGUUUGAGUACCCAGGCUCAGUAGUCAUUGUUUUUCAGUCCAGUGAGCAUUGUGAUAUUUGUUGUCUGUGAUUUUUGAGUUUGAAGUUGACUUUCAGAAUGCUCUUAGAAAAGAACUAAACUUUUUUCCUUUGUGGACCUGCUUUGUUUGGCUGCUGAGAUAGAUAAGCAUGGGCUUAAAAAUGUGUUCCUUCCACUUUACCUUUCCCAUGGUACUCUGAAUUUCCCUAUCUUUCCCUCCCUCCCUCCCUCCCUCCCUCCUUCCUUCCUUCCCUCCCUUAUCUCUGCCAGGCCAUUUUUCAAAUGUACAUCCAGGAUACCUCAAAUGUCGGUAUCUGAUAAUAUCUGUCACUCCUCUUAACUGAGGAGUGACCUUUUAUUUUUAAGAUGAGUACAGACCUAUUUUUAGAUAUGUUUUCAGUACAAUUUUGAACAGCAACUUUUUAAUUACACAUCUUCCGGUGUUAGGAAGGUGAGAAUUGUCCGUAGGCGAGUCUGCUGUUCCAUGUCACCAUCCCUUGUCUUCCCUAGUCCCUUACAAGCUCUUUCCUUCUCGCUCUAGUUUGGGGUGUGCAUGUUUGGAGUUUGUAGUGGGUGGAUUGUGAAACUGGACCAUUCUGCCUUUCCUGGGUUGUUCAUGGAAACCUCAUUCUUUUCCCUUACCCUUUGCUGCUUCAUUCCGCAUCCCGUGGUCCUGACUGUUGACUGGCACAGUAAUCCUGGGAGAGUGACUCCCCUCAUAGAAAGACAAGUAAAAUAGCCACUGGUGUCCUGGGAAUUUCUGGUUGGAUUUGGUGCCCUGAACCCUCUUAUUAAGAGAUCAGAUCCCAGGGUGAGAGUAACAGGCCAGUUGGCUAAGGUAGAAAGCUGUUUUUCUUUUGAACUAUGAAGAGACCUUGUUUGUGGAUACAUUUUAGACAGAAAGAAGGAAGGAUGUCUGAGGAACUUUGUUCUGUUUUCUGCUACAAAAUGUGAAGAGUUCAAAAAGUGAAACCUUUUGUGAUGGUUGAUGUCUCUCAGGAAUAAGCUGGAUCUCCAAAUUUUGGAGAUGCUUUCGGUCUCAAAAAUUGAUGAAUGGAAAAGUAUUUUUUGUUUGCUUUUUAAUGUAUCUCUGUUCUGAUUUUAAUUAAACUCCAGAUUUCACUUU